UCAGCUUCUGUGUGCCAUCAUUGCUGGAUUGCUACAUUACUUCUUCCUUGCAGCAUUUGCCUGGAUGUGUAUUGAAGGAAUCCAUCUAUACCUCAUUGUUGUUGGUGUCAUCUAUAACCGUGGAUUCUUGCACAAAAACUUCUAUAUUUUCGGUUACUGCAGUCCGGCUGUGGUGGUUGGGAUUUCUGCUAUUCUAGGAUAUAAGUAUUAUGGCACGGAUAAAGUAUGUUGGUUGAGCACGGAGAACAAUUUUAUAUGGAGUUUUAUUGGACCAGCCUGUCUCAUCAUUCUUGUUAAUUUGAUGGCCUUUGGUGUGAUUAUCUACAAAGUUUUUCGACACACUGCAAUAUUAAAACCAGAAGGUAGUUGCUACGAAAACAUAAGGUCCUGUGCACGGGGUGCCCUUGCUCUCCUAUUCCUCCUUGGUGCCACUUGGAUGUUUGGUGUCCUCCAUGUUGUAAAUGGCUCACUGGUUACAGCUUAC